UUCACCAAAUUACCCUUUCCUUAUAUGACUAUCUGAUCUUAUAAUAAUAAAUUAAUAAUAUUCAUUUUUCAGCAACUUCAAUGCUUUUUCACUGCGGCUUCAUUUCUUCCACCGAGGAACCUUCUUGGCUCUGAACCUCAACCGCCAGCCGCCGGAGCAGCUAAGGAGAAGAAGAAGAAGAAAAUGGGAGAAGGAGGCAUUGAAUUGCUUAAAGCAGAAGAGGAUAAACACGGCGGAGUUGUUGUCAACGUGGAAGUGGAGGACCCUAUAGAGCCUCUGAAUUUCAGUUCUUGGUUGCAAGCUUCAAUCUCGAAUUGGAGCCAACAGGGAAAGAAGGGCGUGUGGAUUAAGCUUCCCAUAAAACAUUCAAAUCUUGUUGACACUGCGGUGAAGGCUGGAUUCAGAUACCACCAUGCCGAACCAGAUCACCUCAUGCUUGUAUACUGGAUUCCUCAUUCUCCUGAUACCAUCCCACAGAAUGCUUCGCACCGUGUUGGUAUUGGUGCUUUUGUCAUCAACAACAACAGAGAGAUGCUUGUGGUUCAAGAAACUGAUGGCAGAUUCAAAGGCACCGGUAUAUGGAAGAUGCCUACAGGAACUGUUAAUGAAGGUGAGGACAUAUGUGCAGCUGCAAUUAGAGAAGUGAAAGAAGAGACAGGGAUAGAGACAGAAUUUGUCGAAAUCUUAGCAUUCAGGCAAAGCCACAAAUCAUUCUUCCAAAAGUCAGAUAUGUUCUUUGUUUCCAUGUUACGUCCUCUCUCCUUUGACAUCCAUAGUCAGGCUUCAGAAAUUGUGGCAUCUAAGUGGAUGUCUAUUGAAGAAUAUGCAGCCCAGUCUUUUGUGCAAGAACAUGAUCUCUUUCGCUUUAUUGCAGAGAUAUGUUUAUCAAAGUUGGAUGGAAAGUACACUGGUUUUUCUAACCUGCUUACUACUACAUCUUCCGGUAAAAAUACCUAUCUGUACUUCAAUGGCCAUGAUGCUAGCAACCUGGUAGAUUCCAAGAAUCAGCAAGCUUGAUUAGCUCCAAAUUACUCUCACAUAAUGACUUUAGCCUUCACUUACUAGUGACCUUUACUUCAAGUUAGAGACAUGCCUGAUACAGUGAUACUUACAAUGCAGACUUUCUGAAUGUUCAAAUCUAGCUCUAGUCAUCAUAUUCAAAAUUUUCAUUUGUCCAUCAAUCUAUAUUCUUUCACGUUACUUUCUUUGCAUUAUUGUUUAUGAUAUGUGGAGGAUUGAUUUGUUUGUUUACUUAGAUAAAGAAACAAAUAAUUGAAGUGGCAACCUUUUAC